GCCGCCGCCGCCGCCGCCCCGGCCCCUCCCCGCCCCGCGCGCUGCGCACCGCCCGCCGCCCGCCCCGGGGACUCGCGCCCGCGCCCUCGUCCCUCCGACCCCGCGGCGGGCUCCCGGCGCCGGCAGCAUGAGCGGCGGCGGCGACGUGGUGUGCACCGGCUGGCUGCGGAAGUCGCCCCCCGAGAAGAAGUUGAGGCGCUAUGCCUGGAAGAAACGCUGGUUUAUCCUGCGGAGCGGCCGGAUGAGCGGCGACCCCGACGUGCUGGAAUACUACAAGAAUGACCACUCCAAGAAGCCCCUGCGGAUCAUCAACCUCAACUUCUGCGAGCAGGUGGACGCGGGCCUGACCUUCAACAAGAAGGAGCUGCAGGACAGCUUCGUGUUCGACAUCAAGACCAGCGAGCGCACCUUUUACCUGGUGGCCGAAACCGAGGAGGACAUGAAUAAGUGGGUCCAGAGCAUCUGUCAGAUCUGCGGCUUCAGCCAGGCGGAGGAGAGCGCAGAGUCCUUUCUCCUUGUCACAGAUUCCCUGAGGAACAUCCCCUCGGCCGGCCACGGCGCCCGCUCCUCUCCAGGCGAGUUCGGCGGCUCCCAUCAGCACCUUCUCCGAGAACGGAAGUCCUCAGCCCCGUCCCACUCCAGCCAGCCGACCCUGUUCACCUUCGAGCCCCCCGUGUCCAACCACAUGCAGCCCGCCUUGUCCACCAGCGCACCCCAGGAGUAUCUCUACCUGCACCAGUGCAUCAGCCGGAGAGUGGAGAACGCCAGGAGUGCCAGCUUCUCCCAGGGCACCAGGGCCUCGUUCCUCAUGAGGAGUGACACAGCCGUACAGAAGCUGGCCCAGGGCAACGGACACUGCGUCAACGGGGUCAGCGGCCAAGUCCACGGCUUCUAUAGCCUCCCCAAGCCGAGCCGGCACAACAUAGACUUCAGAGACAGUGCCUACGACCUGCCCCGGAGCCUGGCCGCCCACGGCCACACCAAGGGCAGCCUCACGGGCUCCGAGACGGAUAAUGAGGACGUGUACGCCUUCAAGACGCCCAGCAACGCCCUGUGCCGGGAGUUCGGGGACCUCCUGGUGGACAAUAUGGAGGUGCCGGCCACCCCCCACUCCGCGUACCAGAUCCCUCGGACCUUCACGCUGGACAAGAACCACAACGCCAUGGCAGUGGGCGCUCCUGGGGACUCGGCCAUGGCUCCCCCACCCAGACCCCCCAAGCCAAGCCAGGCUGAAACACCUCGCUGGGCCAGCGCUCAGCAGAGACCCCCCAUCGGCGAGAACAGCAGAUCGGUCUCUGCCGCCACCAUCCCCCGGCGCAACACCCUCCCCGCUAUGGACAACAGCAGGCUUCACCGAGCUUCUUCCUGUGAGUCCUACGACCCCCCGCAGCGAGGCGGAGAGAGUGCGGGCCGGUCUGCAGAAUCCAUGAGUGACGGAGUCAGUUCUUUCCUGCCGGAGAAAACACUCAGAGGCCGGUCAGACAGCACCAACUCCGAAGACAACUAUGUGCCCAUGAACCCCGGCUCCUCCACCCUGCUGGCCUUGGAGCGAGCUGGUGACAACUCGCAGAGCGUCUACAUCCCCAUGAGCCCAGGACCCCAUCUCUUCGACCCGCUCAGCUACCCCGCGACAGCCCUUCCUCUGCAUCGAGGCCCCGGCCGGGGGAGUGAGAUCCAGCCGCCCCCUGUCAACCGCAACCUCAAACCCGACCGCAAAGGAAAGCCAACGCCUCUCGACCUGCGGAGCAACACGGUCAUCGACGAGCUCCCCUUCAAGUCGCCCGUCACCAAGUCCUGGUCGAGGGCCGUCCACACCUUCAACCCCAGCUCCUCCCAGUACUGCCGCCCCACCUCCACCCAGAGCAUCACCAGCACGGACUCGGGAGACAGCGAGGAGAACUACGUCCCCAUGCAAAACCCAGUGUCUGCCUCGCCCAUCCUCAGCGGCACCAGCAGCCCAGCCCCUAAGAAGAGCACCGGCAGCGUCGACUACCUGGCCCUGGACUUCCAGCCCAGCUCCCCGAGCCCCCACCGCAAGCCGUCCACGUCGUCUGUCACCUCCGACGAGAAGGUGGACUACGUGCAGGUGGACAAGGAGAAGACCCAGGCGCUGCAGAGCACCAUGCAGGAGUGGACGGACGUGCGGCAGUCCUCGGAGCCUUCCAAGGGCGCCAAGCUGUGACCAGGCUGCCGAGCCUGGAGGGGGCCGGGCUCUGGAGCUGGCUCCUCCCCUCUCCCCUCUCCCCUCCUCCUGCCCUUCCCACCCUCCUCUCUCCUUGGCCAGCCUGGACUCCAAAGCACUGACGUCAGGGACCCUGAGCCUUCCCCACGGGGGCCAGGUCUGACGAGGCUCUGCCUUGGCCCGGACCCACCUCUGGCCACGCCUCUUCACCUUAGCGAGGGCGCUCGCCAAAAAGCAUCCUUCAGCCGCUUCCUGCCCUUUAGGCCCGAGCACCUCCCGGGUGUAAGGAGGGAAGGGCCAGGCUCUGAGCUGGACUCCACACCUCGCGCUCACGCCCAGCCCCCUUGCCGCCGCCGCCCCCGCCCCCGCCCCGGAAAAGCUCAUCGUCUCACUGACCAGGACGACAAGGACAGCAGACCAAAGUGGACAUGGACCUGAUCCCUUUCUGUCUCAGCAGGGGAGAGGCAAGGCCACCAAAAGGAGGCGGAGUUAAGAAGGUUAGAGGUGGUCUCUGGGCAUAAAGGACUUAGAUCCCCCCCUUUCAGCCAAAUGGCAGUGCACCUGUUGCGGGUGGGAGGGCAGAAGGAUGAGGACAAAAGGAAGGGGAAAACUGAGGACGAUGGGCAACAAGGAACGGGCUUAUAGCCCAGGAGAUGACGAGACAAGGACACAGGCUGGUCCUUGGGCCGGCCCGGGAGCUUCCCCAGGACCUCCCAGUUCCCGCCACUGAG